AGAUACGGAAGCCGCGUUGGAACAAGAAUGAUGAUAACCGUUCAUUGACAGCAGCACACGGACGAAAGGAAACCUUCUCACCUGCAGCCAAGUUUUAUAGCUGGAUUCAAAACCGACGGUUUGGCCACCAUGAGAGUUUUAAUAGGUAUGUGCAUUUACCGAUAACUCAUCACAAAACUACAAAUUUUAAAGGUCAAUGUAACGUUAGCAGUUAGCGGUUAGCUCCUGUUAGCAUUCUAGGCGUUAUUUGUAUGGUUAAUUUUCGUGUGUGCCUAAAACAAAUGUACAGUGACUGAAAACAUAAAGGUCCAAGCAAAGUAAGAAAGCCGGGAAACUUAGUGUUUUAAAAAAGGUGUCAGUUUCCACUGCGAAGUUUGUCUAAGUUAUUCAGGGUCCUGUUUUGUAAGCAUGUGUAAUACGCAUGCGCAUGAGUUCAACAGUCUUGUGCUUGUGAGUUUUCACUGACAACAGUUUAAUUUGCUGUUUACGGGAAAGCUGAUUUAGUAUAAAGGAAAGAUUUUUUGUUUUAGAUUUACCAUUAAAGUUAAGGCAAAUAUAGUCAUGAAAGUGCUUCCUGUCUAAUUUACUGUGAUUGCUAAUUGAUGAAAACUGUGUGGUUCAUUAUCAAUUCCUCUGUGUUGUAGGAGGGGGGUCUGGCUUUGUGGGCCGUGAACUUACUCGCCUUCUCAAAGCAAAAGGACAUGAAGUCACUGUUAUAUCUCGCCAGCCGGGUCCAGGGAAAAUAACAUGGGUAUGAACUCACAUUUAAGUAGGUUUUAAUUAAACAGCAUGGGUGAUGAUCACUGAAGGUUUACACUGUAAUUUUGAUUAAUAAUCACACUUUUUUGCUAUCAUCAUUUCAAUAGCUGGCCCUAGAUCCAAUCUUUUGUAACUUGUUACCUCCGCAGAGCGAGUUGGAGUCCAGGGGCCUCCCACCAUGUGAGGGUGCUGUCAAUUUGGCUGGAGAAAACCUGAUGAAUCCCCUGCGCUGGUGAGAAGGGCAACUGCUGACUGUACACUGUCUUUUGUCCAGUUAAUGCACCAGAAGUUUAAAAAAAGAUGACACCUGUUUUACCAGUACAGUAAUGAGUUGUUUUUCUUGACUUUGGCUGCACAAGUCAGCCUCAGAAGUAAACUUUUCAAGGAGUUAAAUCUCUGCAGCCAGGUUUUGGUUGUGGGAUCUCCACCUGAAUUGUUUUGUUUGUGGUUUUAGGUGGAACGAGAGCUACAAAAAGGAUCUAUUCUCCAGUCGCAUUGACACUACUAAAACUCUGGCUCAGGCUAUUGCAGAUUCACCCAGUCCUCCUCACUCCUGGGUCCUGGUAUCAGGAGUGGGUAAGUUUUCAUAUCAGGAUGAAACUUUGUUUUUCCUCCAGAUCAGACCAGGUAAACUCACAAAAAGUGAAAAUACUUUUCAAUCCCAUUGAGUCCCACUCUUGUUCCACAGCGUGUUACAAGCCCUGUAUGACAGCUGAGUACACAGAGGACAGUGAAUGGACACCGUUUGACCUUCUCUCCAAACUUGUGAAAGAGUGGGAGGCUUCAGCACUUCUUCCUGAGAAUUUGGCAACAACCACCAAACAAGUCGUCAUCAGACCUGGUUUGUAUGAACUGCAUAUUCCACUUUAAUUUACAGUUAGUGAAUCCUGGUUAGUUUGUUUUCUGUACUCCUCAAAGUGCCUUUAAGUUAUAAUCAGUUUAGACUGAUGAACGUUCACUCCUUCCUCCUCCCACCAGGGGCAGUAUUGGGCCGUGACGGUGGUGCCAUGAAGCAGAUGUGGCUUCCAUUCUGGCUUGGCCUUGGGGGGACUCUGGGGUCAGGACGACAGCCGUUUCCAUGGAUCCACGUCUCUGACCUGGCAGGAAUCAUCGCCCAUUCCCUGGAGCCCUCUGCUGAAACCCCGCCCCCUUCACAACAAGUGUUUAACGGAGUGGCACCUGCACUGAACACCAAUUACGAGUUCACAAAAGAACUGGGUCGGGUCAUGAGGAGGCCCACCAUUUUUCCCGUGCCUGGCUUCGCCAUGAACGCCAUGUUAGGUUCAGAGCGGGCGGUGGUCCUCACGCAGGGCCAGAAAGUCAUACCAAAGAGGACUCUGGAGGCCGGCUUUCAGUACAAGUACCCGGACUUGACCUCAGCACUGAAAGAGAUUAUUGGGAGUUAACUGAUCAUGACGGGAAAAGGUGCAGACUGAGGUGUUUGGGGAAAUUUUGCCUUCAUUAUUACUGUAUCACAAGAAAAUAAAUUUAUUACUGCUCAUAUCAACUGUGAAAGAAAAAAUCUGACUUUAUAAACCCUAAUCACAGCAUUUCAUUUUUCUCAUGGUCAACAGGACAUCUCUGCCCUCUGUUGAUUAACUUCUUUCACUUCUCCUUACAAAAGUCGACACAUUUGAUCCAUCAACUUCCUUGGAAAAGUAUUUAAUCUGCAAACACCUUAGCGACAGAAAUUAACCACAGAGAUCAGUUUUUCAUAAUAAAUGGGUUUCUUUAAUAAAAGGGAUUGUACUGAUUUAGACUGUAUUCAAAAACAGCCUACAUUCACACAGGAGGAAAUCUCACCUCUUUCAUUUUGUGUCUUCCUAUUGCAUCAAGCUCGACAGGAGACUUGGACUAUGAUCUCUUGCUGGUGGUGCUCAAUAAAGUAUGGUGAAUUCAGACUUGGUUAUGACCUUUUAUUGGAGAAUCAGGUGGUUAAAUAAGUCAAUAUGUAAACCUAUGCACUCUUAUCAGAGUUUGGCGUCAUGUUUGGACAGUCCAUAAAGUCUGAAGAAUGUGCCUGCUUCCUCUUGCGUGUUGAAUCAUCACUCUGAAUCAGUCUGGAUGUCUUCAUCGGAGCUCUGAAUGAUCGGAACUUGAUCACCCCAGUCGCUACUCCGGGCACAGCGGUACACAUCUCUGAUGAAAGAGAUGGAACAAGUUUUGAUAAUUAAAUGAUACAGGAAAUUAUGACCAGAUCACAAACAUCGAGCUCCGUUCAGCGUCCAGUAAAAGCAGAGCCAUCUUGCAAUACUUUCAACGCCAGCAUAAAAACAAAAGAGCUGCCAAAUACUGA